AUGUCGGAUAAAGGCAAAGGGAAGGCUAUAGUACCUAUCACAUUAGAUACAGAUAGUGAUGAUGAUUUCUUCAUUGCUAAAAGAAGACCGGUCUUUCGAAACACUACCACUCCUCCUAGAUCCCCUUCACCUCCUCGUCGAUCUGAGCCUAAUUCAGAAGAAGAUGAUUCUCCUGAUUCACAACACAAGAAACGUACAAGACGAGCUCCUAACAAAAAGCCUGCGUUAGAAUUGCCAUCAUGGACAAGGAAUACCUCUCAUGACAAUAAGAAGAAUGGAGCCAAUGGUAGAAAAAGAGGAGGAAGUAGUCAAGCCAGAGCAAGUACUGAGGACAGAGCUGAAACAAUCGUAAUUGACGAUUCUGGAGACGAAGCUGGACCUAGUGGGAAAUCCAAUCUGAAUAUCAGGAGACGGGUCCAACUUACACCACCUCCAGAAAUGACAGAAGAGACUAGGGCAAGUCUUGCCAAGAUGGUUGAAGAGCAUUUGGGAGAGAAUGAGGAUAACCCCGUGGAAGUCGAUGAUCAGUCUUCUAGCUCUCCAGAAAAGGGUGACGGUGAAAAAGUUAAUAUUACGAUCAGAAUGCAAGCUCCCCCUGAAAAGAAAAAAAGUGCUGCUCCGGCGGCCAUCAAGGAAUAUCAGAAAGCAAGGACUUUGACACUAUACAGAAGCGGCCCCAUGGCUAGAGGUAUCGCUACUCUUGCUGAAAGAAUUCAGAAACGAUAUGAGGAUCUGAUUCUGGUUUACAACGGUGACCGCAUAUACCCCAGUGUCACUCCAGCUCAAUUGGGCAUUAUCAACAAAGCCGAGAUGAUGGGAUAUGAGAAAGAAUAUUGGGUCCGUCUAGAGAAGGAAAGAAGGGCCGCUCUCGAUGGCUUGUCAGAUGAUGAAACCCCCAACGCAGAUAAUGAUGGAGAAAUCCGACCUCUCACUCCUCAAUCCGUUCGACCUACGACCUCGAUAAACGGUGUAGCACCUCUUUCUCCCCCUUCUCGACCUUCGUCUACCUCCAAUACUCAGUCUCAGACCCAGGGCGGUCAACAAGAGGAGACUGUCAAAUUCAAACUGUCUUCCAAAUUCGGGGAAUACCCAAUGAGAGCACCGAAAUCUAUGAAAGUAGCAACUAUCCUCAAAUACUUUUGCACAAAGAAUGGAAAGAGCAAAGAUGAUGCAGAGAAGAUGUGGAUCGUUUUUGAUGGUGAUAAAUUAGAUAAAGAGAUGAAGAUCGGUGAUACGGAUGUAGAAGAUGGUGAUAUGCUGGAAGUAAGAAUGAAUGACAUGUAG